UAGGUGUGAAGAAAACAAAAAAAAACGAUAAUUGCUUUUUACCUUAAACAUUAGGAAGUGUCAACAUCUAGGAUACUAUUGUUUAUCGUGACAAUGUAUGAAGUGCCGCCUCCCAAACCUCCCAAACCAGGGCAAGUCAAGGUUGUUAAGGCUCUGUAUACGUACACCGCACAGCAUGCUGAUGAAUUGUCAUUUGAGGAAGGAGAGUUGCUGUAUGUUACAGAUUCUCAAUCAGACCCAAACUGGUUAAAGGCAAAAUGUGGUACCAGAACUGGACUAGUGCCUUGCAACUAUGUUGAAGAAAAUGCUGAGAUGAUACCAAUGCCACUUCAUGAUGCUUGUCGUCGUGGAAAUGUCUCUUUUUUAGAAGAGGCAAUUCUAAAUGGAGUUUCUGUGAAUCAACUGGAUACAGCAGGCAAUACAGCCUUGUUCUGGGCAGCCCAUGGAGGGCACAUCCCCUGCAUGAAUCUGUUACUUCAGUCUCCAAAAAUUGAUUUAGAUGUGCAAAAUAAAUUAGGAGAUACAGCCUUACAUGCAGCUGCUUGGAAAGGUAGAGUGGAAGCUGUGUCUUUGUUGCUGUCAAGUGGUGCAAAAACAAACAUUCAAAAUUGUGAAGGCAAAAAUGCAUUAGCCCUCUCCAGAGAUCCUGAGAUUACUAACAUCAUAGCAAAGCAUGAAGAUAACUUUUUAUCCAGCAAUGUCAGUGACUAUUUUGGAAGUGUUGAUGAGCAGGAAUCAGAUUGAUUGUUUGAAGUUGUUAUCCUUUGGUUCUUCUUUUUUGUUUGAAACUACCAAGUCAAGAAAGCUGGAGUAAUAUUUUUGUUUGUUGGGUCCAUGCAUCUUAAAUUUUAUUUCGAUUUAAUUCCUGACCAAUGUUUCUGCAUUUUUAUUAAAACUUCUAUUUGGUUAUUCUUAUCACUCAGAAAAAGAAUGUGUUUGAAGUUCCUACAAUUGUCACAAUUUGCCAUACACUUUUUAAAAUGA